UUUCUCUAUGGCAAAUGUCAGUUUAACAUCAUGAGCAGAUAUAUCCCACAAAGAUGUCAACAAAUUUUCAGUAAUUGUAAUAUGGUUUGUUUUAUCGAUGAAGCUCUUCUGUGCCUCAGUUAUUUCGCCGUAGCAUUUGUCUCUCUAAAUUGCCUCAACAUUUAUGCCAGCUUCGUAGGCACACAAUCGAGGAGUUUUGCUUAUGGACUCUUCAUCAUCAAUAGUAUUUAUGGCAUAGGAGGAGCAGUUAGUUCAGUUACCUCGAGCUUGAAUCAUGUCCAAGUCAUUUUUUACGCCGCCGAAGUGUCUUUCGUCCUACCAUUCCUUACAACCGAGAUGUGGAUUCAGAAGAACCUCUUCCCGAAGCAACAAGAACUCCUCUACGUGCCCUGCAUUCUAGGAAUACUUCCAUUCUUCUCCUUCAUCAUGCUAGGAGUGAUCAGGAUCGAUCUUAUAGAACUAUGUUUGGUCUACUGUUGCGUUUGUACUGCUUACGUAGGCUACAUCACGAAGGAUUACCUUGUGGUAGCUGGAAGUCUCUUGUUUUAUCUGGCUUAUUGUAUGCACUACAGGGGAAAAGUGAAGAUAUCAAAUGUUCUGCUCAUCUUAUUCACCCUGUGUUCGCUUGGUUCUAUCUGUCCUAAUUGUGUAGACGAAACAAGGAAAAAAAGUGAUUUUCCUUUCAAAGAGUAUGGGUUUUAAUUUUAAUAAAAUAUCAAAGAAA